AGGAGCGAUUAGACAAACACACAUGUUCACACAAUCAUUACAAAGCCACCCCACUGAAGUCCACAUUCCUCCUCUGAUUCCACCAUGGAUCCACAUGAUGUUCUGUUUAUUCUGCUAGUGAGUGCAUGCACAGUCCAAGUUUCUUUUCAAGGGCCAGAUGAGCUCAGACUGUUGAACAUGUUGUUGAGUGGCUACAAUUCACUGGAGAGGCCGGUCUUCAACGAGUCUCAGAAACUCAUCGUUGGAGUUGGCAUCACCCUCAGGCAGAUCAUGGAUGUGGAUGAAAAGAACCAGGUGGUGAAGACCAACAUUUGGCUGCAAAUGUCCUGGAAAGACUAUAAACUACAGUGGAACCAAUCUGACUAUAAUGGGGUGGAUACGUUACGCCUUCCUGCUGAUCUCCUUUGGAGGCCAGAUAUUCUCCUAUAUAACAGUGCAGAUGAAAGUUUUGAUCCUACUUUCCAUACCAAAAUUGUGGUUACGUCCUCAGGCAACUGUUUGUUUGUCCCACCAGGAAUCUUUAAGAGCACCUGUGAUAUCGAUCUCCGCUGGUUCCCCUUUGACAUCCAGAAAUGUGACAUCAAAUUUGGCUCCUGGACAUAUGGCGGAUGGUCUUUGGACUUAUCACUGAUAGAUGCAGAUAUCAGUGAAUACGUUACCAAUCGAGAGUGGGACCUUAUUGUUGUUUCAGGAAAGAAGUCUUACACCACUUAUGAAUGCUGUCCAGAGCCCUAUGUCGAUGUCACAUACACCAUCGUGAUGCGUCGACGGACUCUCUUCUAUGCAGUCAAUCUACUCAUCCCCUGUUUCCUGAUCUCACUUCUGGCCUUGCUUGUCUUCUUGCUGCCUGCUGACUCAGGGGAGAAGAUCUCACUUGGAAUCACAGUCAUGCUUUCCUUAAUAGUCUUCAUGCUGUUAGUUACAGAGAUAAUGCCAUCCACCUCAGACUCUGUACCAAUAAUAGUGCAGUACUUUAUCAUCACGUUGGUCAUUGUUGCCCACUCUGUGUUUGCCACGGUUGUGAGUUUACAAUUUUACCACCAUGACCCAAAUGGAGCCGAGAUGCCAAAGUGGAUUCGUGUGGUCCUCUUUGAUUGGUGUGCCUGGUUUCUGUGGAUGAAGCAUCCAGGUGAAGACAAAACACAGGGCAGUCCGGCCAGCAUGGACCUCAAAGGGAGAAUGGAAAGCAUUCACCCGUCCCCAUCUGAUUCUGGGCUGGUUGGAACUGGUGAGGGUGAAGUUCUCCUCACCAAAGGCACCGUUGAAGCAGAGCUUGCUAAUAUCCUAGAUGAAGUCCGGUAUAUCACCAAACAUUUCCAUGACCAGCACCAGGAAGAGAGCACACGCAAUGAUUGGAAAUUUGCUGCUGCUGUAAUUGACCGACUCUGUUUUGUUAUCUUUUCAUUACUCAUUAUCCUGUGCAUCUUUGGGAUUCUCCUGUCAGCACCAAACAUUACCGAGGUUGUUUCCAAAGAUGUGGCCUCUUGAGAAAUUUGUCUGAACAUGAAUCUCACAGUGUAAGCAAACAUUUCCAUCAUGUAUCUCAGAAUUUUGUUCAAGCAUGCGGCAAUCUAGAAACAAUAUAGGCUGGUAUAUAUAUGAGACUCCUGUGUGCCUGAAUACUGUGCGUAACCAUUAUACUGCAGCGGUAUGGUAAGCAUUUACAUGUAUACCUUUUUACUUAAUCACCCUUUGCUUUUUAUCAUACAAUUUGGCUCAUUAGUAACCCAUUUCAGUUGUAUCCUCUUUUUUUAAUGAAUAUGUAUGAUCCUUUGUCUACAACCCCACUUGCAAUGAUGUUGGGAUGCUGUGUUCAACAUAAAUAAAAACAGAAUAC